CCACAAGGUGCUUACGAAGGCGUUUGUUUAUUUCUUGGAAGAAAUACAAGGACAAGGAGUAACUCAAAGGGACAAUGUGGAUUCAAGUUAGAAGCUUUGAUGGGAAAAAAUCAUUACGUGUAGAUAAUUUGUCAAAGUUGACUAAGAUUGAAGAAUUAAGAUCACGUUUAGUUGAGGAAUUUGAGGCUCCUGUUGAGAAACAGCGAUUGUUUUACAGAGGAAAACAGCUGGAAGAUGGCCACUCCCUCUUUGACUACAAUGUAGGACUGAACGAUCUUGUUCAAUUAAUGGUUAGGGCCGCACCUCUUGGUGAAAACAAAACUCAACAAAAUCAAAUUGAGGAGGAAGAAAAGAAGCCAACAGAUGGAUAUAACAGCAGUGGAGAGGAGAGCACCUGUUCUGAUAAAGAAAACAAGGACAAGGAAAACAAGCUGCCUUCAACUCCAGUGAAAGAAACAAUCAACAAAGCAGAAACUUCAACAAAAGAGGAAUAUGCUAAUAGCACCUACAAGCUCGGGGAUAUCAUUGAUGCAAGAGAUACCUCAGUUGGCGCCUGGUUUGAGGCUAAGAUUGUAAACAUAUCCAAGGAUGAAAAGUUUGAUCCAACCAAGAAAGAUUCUGUGGAAGAUAUGGAAGUGGAUGUUAAAGACGGUUGUCCUGUGGAUCACGAUGGUUAUAUCUAUAGUGUUGUUUUUGAUGGAUAUGAUGAUACAGAACCGGAAAAAAUGGAAUGCAAAGAUAUGCGUCCAAGAGCCAGAAAGAUUUUAAAGUUAUCAGACAUCAAGGAGGGACAGAAAGUUAUGGCUAAUUACAAUGUGGAUGACCCAGAUUUACGGGGAUUCUGGUAUGACUGCAUAAUCACAGGGAAAAGGGACACGAGAACAAUUAAAGAACUAACAGCUACAGUCUUCAUUGGACCAGAUCUGAUGCCACUGGAUGAAUGUAAGCUAUUAUUCACCAAUGAGAUAUUUGACAUUGAGAAACCUGGAACACAGAUUAACGAGUUUGAUGAAGCAUUUGAUCCAUCAGCUUCACCUGUAAAAAGAACUAACAAGCCUGACUGUGAUUUCUGUAAGGAUAAUCCAAAAAGAAAAUGUAAACAUUGUGCUUGCUCUGUCUGUGGAGGAAAGCAUGACCCAGAUAAACAGAUUUUAUGUGAUGAAUGUGACCAGGCCUACCACCUUCAAUGUCUAGAUCCACCCCUAGAAAAACUACCCGAGGAAGAUGAAUGGUAUUGUCCAAGUUGUAAAAAUGACGAGAAUGAAAUUGUGAAAGCUGGAGAAAAAUUAAAAGAGAGCAAGAAAAAAUCUAAAAUGGCAUCCUCCACUAAUCAGACAAGCAGAGACUGGGGAAGGGGAAUGGCAUGUGUUGGAAGACAAAAAGUAUGCAAUGUGGUCCCUCCAAAUCAUUUUGGUCCCAUCCCUGGUGUGGAAGUAGGAACCAUGUGGAAAUUCAGGGUUCAAGUAAGUGAAGCAGGUGUUCACAGACCACAUGUGGCUGGCAUCCAUGGCCGUGAUGGGGAGGGUGCUUAUUCUAUUGUGCUCUCAGGAGGUUAUGAAGAUGACAAGGACAAUGGUGAUGAAUUUUAUUACACAGGAAGUGGAGGUAGAGAUUUAUCAGGGAACAAGAGAACAGCUGAACAGUCCUGUGAUCAAAAAUUAACCAGAAUGAACCGAGCUUUGGCCAAGAAUUGUAAUGAACCUAUCAAUGAGAAAGGAGCAGAGGCAAAAGACUGGAAAGGAGGAAAACCACUGAGGGUCGUUCGUAAUUGUAAGGGGAGGAAGCAUUCAGACUAUGCCCCAGAAGAAGGCAACAGAUAUGAUGGCAUAUACAAGGUAGUGAAGUACUGGCCAGAGAAAGGAAAGUCGGGGUUUCUGGUUUGGAGGUACCUGAUGAGACGGGAUGAUCCAACUCCUGCUCCCUGGACUAAAGCUGGGGCCAAGCGGAUCAAGGAAUUAGGGCUAGAAAUGCAGUAUCCAGAUGGUUAUCUUGAAUCUCAAGCCAAGAAAGAGGAGGAAAAUAAAGAAAAGGAAAAACCUGCAAAGAAAGGAAAGAGGAAAAGGAAAGACUCAGACUCUUCUCCAAGUGGAUCCCCAGAGAAGAAGCAGAAGGUAGCAGCAUACAAGAUUGAUGCUGAGCAGAAGAAAAGGAUUUCACAGGACGACGUCAACAAGAAGCUAUGGGACGAGGCAGUGGAACAUGCUUCAGAAGGGGGACAGAAAUUCCUGCAAAAAGUUGAAGAGCUCUUUACUUGUAUUUGUUGUCAAGAGAUUGUCUUCAAACCAGUUACAACAGAAUGCAGUCAUAAUGUUUGCAAGUCCUGUAUAAUGAGAUCAUUCAAGGCAGAAGUGUACUGCUGUCCAUUGUGCCGCACUGAUCUAGGAAAAGAUUUCAAAAUGCCUGUCAACGGCACACUGCAAGACAUCCUAAAAAAAUUCUUCCCUGGAUAUGAAAGUGGCAGAACAUGAAUAAAAAAAAUAGCUCAUCUCAGAAAGUAGAUAAUAAAAUAAGUUUCUGACAACACUGAUGUGUAAAUAAUUAUUAUUUCUUCAACUUUGAAUUGAGUUCUGUCUAUUGGUUAAAGUUUCAUAGUGUACAAUUCAAUAUGUUUCUAUUUAUUGUCAUAUGUUAAAGAUAAAUGAAACACAUGUACUAGCUUAAUCAUGACAGUGUGAAAGAGAUUUUUAAAUUGUGCUCAAUGAACACCAACAUUCCAGUAUACUUAAAUCCUUGUCCAUUUGAAACCUUUAUAGAUGCUAGUUAUCCCUUUGUAAAUAGAGGAUGUAUUAUUGCAUGUUAAAUUGACUAAAUAUACAUAUAUCCAAUAUGUUCAUCAUACCUUUAUUUACUUUUUGUUGUGUAUUCAGAUUGAUUAUUUUUAUUUCUUAUAAAUUUUUAUUUUGACUCAGGAUCAGAAUACAUAGAAGGACAAGCUAUUUUAAAACUGUGUUGUCAUGAGUGAUUGUACAAAUCUCUAUGAAAAUAAGUUUUUGCACAUAAAUUUUGCUGUCAGUCAUAAAUGAAGAAUACUUCUCAGGUUUGGUCACAUUUCCAUAUAUUGUACAGAUUUUACUAGUCACUCAGUAAUAAAAAAUGCAUAUCAGUUACAACAAAUUUACCAAGGUAUAUGUGCAUGUUUUUUUCUGCAAGUAUGGAUUUUUUUUUUUUUUUUGUAAGUGUGUCUGAAUAGAACUUGAAAAGCUUGUGUAGAAUGUUUUUAUGCUGAUGUGUAAUUAAAAGUUUUAAGAGCAUACAUUUCUUACGCUAUUGAGAUAUUUAUAUUUAUAUGUUUACUUCAUGUACACGUUUGUAUAACUGUGUCGAUGUUUUAUUCAAUGCAUGUACCUAAUGAAAUACACCAAGUGUAGAAUGUUAGUUAUUGUCAGGGAAGUGUAACAUUUAGUAUGUUUGAUUAUAAUAAGGUCAUGCAUAAAAAGUCAGAAUAUGAUCCUAGAAACUUAACAUCAUGGUAGCUCAACUGCAGCAAAAACUUUCUUUUUAUAAAUGUAAAUAUAUUUUGUUUCAAUAGUCUAUGUAGAAUCAAUUAGUCAAUAAAAUAACUUUUCACAUUAUUGCAUCUGACAAUUAAUGGAAUAAAUAUUUUCAGCUGUGAAAGUC